GAAAAACGGUCUUAAUAACAACGUAAUUAGAUUCAAAAUACUAACAAAUAUAGUGCUUUCAAAUGCCGAAGUGUUUUUUAAUUGGUUUUGACAAGUGACGAUAGCCGCCAUCUUGCUCAGUUGCUUCCAGACUUUCGUACAGUGUUAGUGAAAGUGUAAAAAGCAAAAUGAUGACAAUCAGCGAGAACCAGUAUUCGUCCAACAAGAUGUCAAGCUUCUACUCCGUCAACGACCGAGUUGUCCAUCGGGACAGUUAUAACGACGUCAACAGUUCACUGGUCACCAAGCGAGGAUUCAAGCCGUCGGACAUGUAUGACCCUCAGAAACGAGAGUUUUUGACGAACCUCAGUUAUAAGUUAUUCCCUGUAAGUUGGAACGACAGCGAGUAUUCCCGGAGCGACACUGUCCCAAUUUUACCCUCCCUGGACCAAAACCUAGAGAAUCUGGAGAACGCCCCGAUGCUGAGUAAAGAAGUGGAUUUGAACAAGAUCUUCACUCCAGCACCUGAUGCUGAGGAGCAUCUCAUCAAGAAGGAUCGGAAGUUUGAGAAAACCUUCGCUUCCUCAGCGUUCUACGUUCCCGGCGUCCACCCCACGGUCAAAGAACAGAUGGACCUGGCGAGGGCCAUCUCCAAGAGUCUCAGUGACCAGAGCAACCACAUGAGCAGAGGACAGAGCAUGUAUGUCAACAGGAAGAAGAGAUCCGUCAAAUGGGUGCACGAAGGCAGAGGUCGCAACACAACGAAUCUAUCCACCACACCGACGCCGACACCGACCCACGACACCCCCUACCGCCCACCAUCAAGUCUCCGCAACCAGAAGACCUACCCCAAAUCAGCAUUAAAACACCCCCUCCCCAAAAUGGAGCCAUUCCCAGUCUCCCCACCAACUAUUAUAGUUAAAAACCAGGAGGUCCCUAUUCCUAUGGCGCCAACUAAGUUGAAUGAUGUGUACGCGGCGCCUGUCAGUCCGAGACUGCCUUUAGUCUCAGGACCGAACUUCAAUGUGGCACCGCGCGGGUGGGGGGAGAUGAAGGAUUAUUACAGACCCGUGGCGUUAGAUGUCGCUGGGGCGGCUCCACGUUAUUCUGAUUUUUAGUAGUUUUUUUUUUCUCUGACACCCAAUUUGUUAGAAACGUAAGCAAAAAAAUGUCGCUAAAAGAUUGCUUUGGAAAAUUUUAAUUCGGCGACUCUGUGAGGCUACUUUGAGGAUUUUUUUUUAAAUUAACGACCCGGAUGCACCUAUUUUAAGUAUCAUGAUUUUAUUCAGUCCAAGUACUUACUAAAUCAGAUGGGAUACCAUUUGACGAAUUAGGGCAAUCUAUUAUUUUGGUUCAUAAAAUAAAUAAAAACAUAAGUGCACAGAAAUAAAAAAAAUAUCUAGAUGAUAUUAAGCGCAUAAAUUACGAUUACCAAAUAAGUAACAAUUUUUUUUUAGAUAUAACGAGUUUUUUUUUACUGUUAAAUGACGAUGUUUUUAUGUUUGUAAUUUAAAUUGAUUUGUUUAAAUGUAUCUUUAUAAAACGAUUACAUAUCAGCGAAAAAAAAAUGCCUGAAAAAACAAAUGCUUUUUGUAAGAGUUUGCUAGUAUGUUUUGUUUUAGAAUAUUUUAUUAUAUAUAUUGAGGAAUGUAUGAGGUUUUGAGAUGAUAAAAAGCGAAUCAUAAAUCCAGUCAAUAAAACUAGUCAUAAAUUAUUAUAAAAUAAUAAGAGCGAAAUAUGUACAAUAUUAGAAUGAAGUACGUACCUAUUGAUUUAAGUCCUUGACAAAUUAUUUAUUUUGUUAUAAUUUUUAUACCCUUCAAAACAAAAUCCGCAUUUAUUGUUUAAUGUUGUUUUUGUUUGUUUAUACAUACCUAGUUCCAUUUUACACAGAUAAUAUAUAUAUAGUGAGUUACACAAUUAAUACACAAUAUUUAAUAUUAGUUUAAAUAUUAUAAAAAGUUAUUUACAAAUACAAUACUAAAAGCUAAAUAUAGAUAUCAGUUUUUUAUUAGAACUAAAUACAUAUAUUUUAGUAUUAAAGUAAUAUUUAAUGUUCCUUGUCAUUUUUGUUUCUGUAUAUCAGUGUUAAAUAUUUUAUUGAGACUAACUAACUUUGUUUUAAAUUACAUAUUUAAAUGCAAAUAAUGAUGUCAGAACAUUUAACUGUUAAUCGUUUGAUUCAUUUAU